AUGAAAAUAAUAAUGAACACUAUGGAUGUUAAUCAUAUAGAGAAUAAUGGGAAUAGAAAAAUUCACUUAAUAAAUAUAGAAUCGAAUGAUAUUAAAACUUGUUCAAGAAGAGGUCGAAAAUCAACAAUUCCACCAGAACUUAGAGAACAAACAAGACGUAUUAAAAAGCAAAACAUUGAAAGAAGUCGUCGUGCAUGUAUAGCAAAUAAAAUGUCUGAAUUACAUAAAUUAGCCAUGAAUUUAAUUGAAUUAAAUAUAUCAGAACAACAAAAAACGGAGAAAGUGGAUAUAUUAGGCAUGUGUUAUGAAGUGUUUAAAAAUGUGGCAGUAUUAUUAAAUGAAAACCCAGAAUUGAAAGAGAAAUUAAAACAAAUGUGCCAUGAAGUUAGAUUAAAAUUCUUUAAUAAACAGCAUGAUAUAUCUAAUAAUCAUUAUGAUAUAACCGUGAAUAAAUCAAAUGAAUCUAUUACUCAUUCAACUAUUCAUCAAUCACCAUCAUCAUGGAAUAAAGAAAAUUAUAAUCCUACAAAUCAAAGUUUAUUAAUUCCUUCUGAAUUGAGCGCUUUUACACCUAUAAGUAAGAUAAAAGAUACUAAUUUUAAUCAAUUAAAUUAUCAAUCUACACCAAUCCAAUUACCGUUUAUUAUAAAUGAUAGUGGUUAUUUUGAAAUGAAUCAUUCAUCACCUUCAUUCAUUCAUACAAAUCCUAUUCAUUUAAGAACGGUACAUAUGUCUAAUGAAUGUAUUUAUACACCUCAAUCAUCAUCUUUACAAAUGAAUUCUAUUAUAUCAAAAUUACAAUCAAAAGAAAACAUAUUGGUGAAUGAAAUGCAUACAAAUCAUCAUGAAACGACUAAAGAGAAUAUUAUGUGGCGGCCAUAUUUGGACUAG